CGCGGGCGGCCGGGGUGUCGGGCUCGCGCGGCGGCGGCGGGGCUCGGAGGAUCCCGGGCCGCCCCGCCCUGCCGGUCGCGCCACGGCCGCGCCGGGCGCUCGGAGCGGCCCCGCCCCCAGCCGCCACCCCCGGUGCCCUCAGGGGGGCACCCCCAUCGGGGCGGGAGGGUGGUCCUCCGUGCCCCGGUCGCCGAGUGGCGGAGAGGUGACGGUAACCGCCUUCCCAUUUCCGCCCGGCCGGCCGCGCGGCAGGGUGCGUGCCAGCAGAGCGGCGCUCGGUCCUCCCUCCGCCCGCCCGCCCGCGCCGGGGGCCGGCCCUGCUCGCCCGCGCCUUUUCCCCCGCGCACCGCGGCGCGGCUCCGCCACUCGGGCACCGCAGGUAGGGCAGGAGGCCGGAGCGCCUGCCGCCCGCCGCCCGGACCAUGGUCCCCUCGGCUGGACAGCUCGCCCUGCUCGCACUGGGUGUCUUGUUGGCUGUGUGUCAAGCCCUGGAGAACACCACCGCUGCCCUGAGUGCUGAGCCCCCUGUAGCCGCGGCCGUGUUGUCCCACUUUAACGACUGCCCGGAUUCCCACAGCCAGUUCUGCUUCCAUGGAACCUGCAGGUUUUUGGUGCAGGAAGACAAGCCAGCAUGUGUCUGCCACUCUGGGUUCGUAGGCGCCCGCUGUGAGCAUGCCGACCUCCUGGCCGUGGUGGCAGCCAGCCAGAAGAAACAAGCCAUCACCGCCCUGGUGGUGGUCUCCAUCGUGGCCCUGGCGAUUCUCAUCAUCGCAUGUGUGCUGAUCCACUGCUGCCAGGUCCGGAAGCACUGUGAAUGGUGCCGGGCCCUCGUCUGCCGGCACGAGAAGCCCAGUGCCCUCCUGAAGGGAAGGAGCGCAUGCUGCCACUCUGAAACAGUGGUCUGAAGACCCUGAGGAGAAGCUCAGCCAGGUGGAGGGGGCGACCUGAAGAAAGGACUUCUCAAGGCCAGCACCGCGAGGGACACCGGGCCAUGCCGGCCAGCCUUUCCUACCCAGCCUGUAAUCACCUGAGCAGCCUUUCCGUCUUUUGUGGGCCUUCCUUCAAAGCUCUGUCAAGAACUCUGUCUGCUUGGGGUUAUUUGGUGUCCUGAAGAAGAAAUCCAUGGGCCACUGUCUAAAAACUGGACCAAAGGAACUGAGAAAGGGAGGACUCCCUGUUUGCCCGGCUUCAGCGUGUGUGGUGCCCAGCCUCUGUGUGCAGGCAGACGUCUCCCGCCAGCCUCCAGUGCCAGACAGCAUUUGUCUCUCAUGGGUCUGUGUCCCUUCAACAGGAUCCAUCCUGCCCAACACCAAGGAUUUCCUAUUGUUGGUUUUGUUUUUGUGUUGUUGGUUUUUUUUUUUUUAUAUCCACUUUUGGGAAAAGGUGAACAAGGGUCGUAUCGAGAUGUUAAAUGUGAAAGGAACCGUAUCCGCCCUCUGUGCACCAGACCUUCCGCCGCCAGCCCAGCGUCUUCCUCGGCAGGGUGAUGAGGACCUUCUCCAGGCAUCAUGCCCCAGGGAAAUGCUUUCUUAUUUAUUAGAUGGAUGAGGGGUUUUCUUUUUCAAUCUUUUACACAGCCGAUGUAGAAAGCAUAAAAGCCUUUCAGACUUCUGUAUUCAUGAUGUCCAUGUUGCUGGAUGUAAAGUGACGGUUGUUAGAAGUGUCUUGACCUCUUUGAGGCUUGGGAUAAGCCACCGGCAGGCAGAGACGAGAGCAGAGGAUGAGGUUUCUGAUGGGGACAAAGACUGGGCUCCAGAGGUUGUGCCACUUAAGACACCAAGUGGGAAGGAAAGCUGGCAAAUUUGAAGAAAAGCGGCCCAUUUGUCACCUCUGUGGGAGAGAGAGGAAGAUCGUGUGAGGGGGGAGAAAUUCCAGUGUACUCCACAGCUCCCUGGUGGGACAGCUCGCUUCCUAGGGAGUCCUCGGAGAGCACACUCACAACCGAGCAUAAGCCAAGAGCCAUGGCAUUUGGGGCCACAUCCAGGAAAAGGGGACCAGUGAUUUAUUUUUCAUGUUGUUGCUAGGUUGAUUUGUUGCUUUAUUUUCAAAAGGAGAAAUGUAAUUUUCCUAUUUAUCUUCAAGCACUCAGAGGAAUAUUCCAGUGACUUUUUUCAUUUUCCAUUCAGGAUGCUGGUUUUAUGAACCGAAACUCUCACAAGUCACCUCCACCAUGUAGGUCUUGCUUCCCCCCCCCCCACCCCAGAGAAGGAAAAAUUGUUCUCCUGAGCAACUGGGGCCAUUCUGGCCCCCGGGGGCCUGCCUGGGAGAAGCUCUGGUUGCCUCCAACUCAACAGCAGGACACUCGUCCCUAGGAAUUUCCAUGAACAUUUGGAAACAGUUAACAGUGAAAUAAUAUGUCAAUUCCUUAUGUGAGGGAACUCUUUAUUCACUAAUAUUUGGAAAAGACCAGGCUCUGUGUAUUAACCCUUCAGUGCACCUAGUUCCUCACACGGUGAAGGGGACUUUUCAAAUACAUGAGUUGCCUUGAAAUUUCCAUCAGGAAAUUUGGUCCUCCCCUAGUUCUUCCUUGCCAUCUUCCCAUUAGUGUCUAUGGAUUUUCUCCUUGUUCCUUCUCACUGAAACAGUUCUCUGACCUUGGCCAGCAUGUGGGCACUGGGGCUGAAGGAAGCUGCACCCAGACCACCAUCAUCAGAACCGGGGUUUGCUCCCCAGCAGACUGCCAGCAGUGUCAUUGGCCCAGCUCCCAGAACUCAAAUCAGGUUUCCCUUUGCAUUCCUGGGCCAGCCCACUACAGCAAGGGAGAUUGGUGGCAGAGGCUUGACAGAAGCAUCUUACUCAGAAACCAUACCCAUCAGUGCCGGGGGUGCCCCUGCUAACCUAUUGUACACCCCUCACCUCAAGCCUCUCCUGUAAGCCCAAGGGUCUGAUUUAAAGACUUAAUGGAUGAGUGACUUUGAACUGACUUUGAACUUGAGAUCCUUUUUUUUUUUUAACCAUAGAGCAAUCUCUCUAGAAACUUCAGGAGGUCUGAUUGCCUUUCAAGAGAAUGCCCCAAACCCAUUUUGUUUCUCGUGACUCACAAUGACACUGUCCAUAUUCGAUCUGGAAGCAUCUAAGACCUUUGCAGAGGCGUAAGAGAAGGGUGGGUGCAGAAGGAAACUUCUGGGUUCUCUGUGGGGACUGCAGAUUUGAUUUCCAUAAGGGUUCGGUGCCUGGAGCCCAGCAAACCACACACAGCCAUGGCCCCUUCCCAAGCCUGUGCAACCACACAGCCAUCACAGUCACCAACUGGAAAGUGGCUUUCCAGGGCCCACUGCACCAGCAGGCAGGACGAGUUGCUAGGAGAGGUGAGGGCCAGGGCAGUCCUGGCUACCUUUGCUUUGUCUACACCGCAGAUGAGAACUUACCUUUGGCCUUCAGUGGGGCUAACAGCAGUGGGGAUGUCACUUCCCCAGCCUGGGGAGCAGCCAUGCCCCUGGAAGUGAGGGACACGGCUGUUUCCAAGGUCUGUGUCCAGGGAGGGAUAUGAAAAGUCCUCAGUUGAUGAAAGGAGAGGUGCUUCCAAAUCUUUGCAGGAACCGGAGUGCUCCCCCAUGGUUCUGCAGUGGAGACGUCCUAGAGCACCCGAGCAGGAGGCAUUGCCUUGUAGAUGAAAACAGCACCCCCCGCCCUCUCCCCCAUACCCACUUUCUGGAAGAAGCAUCUGGACAUGCAGGGAACACACAGACAAGAGUGUGCCCCUGUGCUCCAGUAACAGAGGAGGACAGAAUGGUCUCAGAGCCUGUUGGCCUCAGAAAGAGGAGAGGUGGGAUUCACCAACCCACUCCCACAGGCAAUGCAGCAGGAAGUGCAGAGCCUGAUUUUAGGAGAGCGCCCCCUGGAGGUGGAAAGGUCUGGCGUCCUCAGCCGGUGGGUUGUUGCCUGGAUUCUGCAGGUGGGCCCAGCUGUUGCUCGCCCAAGGCCAUCUGGCAGCAAUGAAUCAGCGCCCCUGCAUCAUUGCACCCCGACCCCUCUAGUAAGAGUGUGGGCUCUGAUUUCUUGAACCCACUCAGCAGUGCGGGCUGGGGAGUGGGGCAUUGGAGAACUGAGGUAAAGGAACAGGAUGAAGGGAGACAUCACAGAAAUAAGACAAAUGCUUAGAUGAGUUCGUCAUGUUCUAACAUAAGACCUAUCUCUCCAUCCAAGCAUUAUAUGGCUUUCUAGAAAGAUCUAGUGGUAAACACAUAUACAGUACUGAAAAGUAAACCCUCUUCCUAGUGUAAUAACUGCCUGAAGUGUUCGACUUUUCAUUAUCUUUAUUAUAACACACCUGAUGCUUUUUUUUUAGAACUCGUUUUUCUGACUUCUGUAUAUGUUGCACUGAAAAGGUUAAUAUUUAAAUGUUUUAAUUUAUUUUGUGUGGUAAGUUAAUUUUGAUUUCUGUAAUGCAUUAAUGUGAUUAGCAGUUCUUUUCCUUAAUAUCUGAGAUUACACUUAUUUAAAGCAUAGUGAGCGAUACAGAACGCGGUUGUGUUUCACAGUGAUGUGCAUCAUUGUUCAGCUGUACUGUACCUUAUUUGGAAGGAUGAAGGAAUGAACUCUUUUUAUUUCCUAA